CGCGUCCGUCCUCGACGUCGCGAUCAUCACCGUCCCUUCGUUCUACGGCAUCGAAUCGCCGUUCACUAAUAUCUCCUCCAUCAGCAACACCUGUCCGCCGUCCCACAACUUCAUCUGGAACUUCUGCCAGAGCAGCAACCGUCAACAGACGUUCGACGUAUCUCGGCCAACCAGCAGAACCCUCAGUCUCUCGUGAUCCCGAACUAAAUUGGCUCACACAAGCCGCGCCUCCAAAGUUCUCUAGACACAGUCUGAAGGCCGAAGGUGUUGUGAUGCCCGUUUCUGCCAGAGACGUCAAGUUCGCCAACAGACGUUCUGUGAUCAUCGCGCCACCUCCUGUUGCUACAUCACAGACUACCGAUUCCAGGCGCAAGUCUCGCGACGGAGUCUUGGUGCCUCCUUCUCGAUCAGUUUCUCGUGCAAGCAGCAUGGCUUCUCUCGGUUCCGUGGCAUCGGAAAUGAGUGGGACGAUCAUGCCCUCACCUUCAUUCCGCGUGGGUUCAUUCGGUGGAUCUUCAAGUUCAAUCGACAGCGCUAUAUCGUCUUUACUACCAGCCACACCUACUUUGUCGCUCAGUCGGUCUACGAGUGUGAACUCGACUGUCGUAGCGGACGAAAUGGGUGUGCUUUCUCGGCCAUGUAGUGUCUCAUUUGAGAAGGAUGUUGGAAGGAGGAAGGAAGACGAGCGCCGUGGAGUUGUGCUUGAGUUGAGAGUCAAUGAUGUCCAUGUGGAAGUGAUGGGCAAGUCGGAGUCUCGCAGGACCGUGGUUGUGACCGAAUGCAAACCCACUUCGGAAUCGAAUGUUGCAGGGGGAAAGACUUGUGGUGCUAAGAAGACGCAGGCGGUGUUGGACGGGACUUUGCAGCGCGGUCGCGGUACGAUCGAGCGUGCGUGGAAGCGCGUCAUUCGCAGUGUUUCCGUCAAAGCGUGACACCUUUUCUUUUCUCUUGAACAUUUGGGAUGCUUUCUUCCCCUUCGCAAAUACCUCGAACAUUUUGGCUCUCCGUUUCGCCGCCUAUGACAAUUGCAAACAAGUUCGGGACUGUUUACCUUCAUACCAGCUUCACCCAUGUUGCAAGAAUUUAGAACCCCUUUUCUUUGUAUUACUAUACCAACUUUUACCCCAUUUCUUGCCAGUUCUCAUCCUUGCAAUCGUACUCAUGACCUACCUAGACGAAUUACUCCAUGACAUUCUUCUUUUCUUUCUUAUCUUCUUCGUUCGCUUUUGCUUCUCUCUUCACUCCCUGAAACGCUCCCUCACUUAUAUAACCGGGACGACGAAUGCAACUCCAAUAACAAAAUACUUUAAUCGUAUGGUAUAUUGUAUACUACGCACACAUUCUUUCUUGACUACUAUCACCAUCGCUGGUCAUCUUGACCUCUUUCGAUCCAUUUCAUUCAUUGUACGUGUAGGUUUGUAGACCAUAGCUCUCAAGUAUUCAUAGGAGCUUUGAUUCUAUUUAAUGAUAAGGUAUAUAUCUUGUUUGUUAC